AUGGUGCGCGGGAAGGAGUUCGGGCGCGGGCGAUACGGCGUGGUGCGGCCGUGCGUGCACCGCAAGACGGGGCGCGUGCUGGCGUGCAAGUCCAUCAGCAAGGCCAAUCUCAAGGAGGAGCAGCAGGUGGAGGAGCUGCGGACGGAGAUGGCGGUGAUGCGCGCGGUGGUGGGGCACGCGCACAUCGUGGAGGCGGAGGCGGUGUACGAGGACGACGAGCACGUGCACAUGGUCAUGGAGCUCUGCCAUGGCGGCGACCUCUUCGACCUCCUCGCGCGCUCCGACCACCUCUCCGAGAACGACGCGCGCCACAUGUUCAGGAAGAUAGUGGACGCGGUGGGGUACUGCCACGCCAAGAGCAUCGUGCACCGGGACCUCAAGCCCGAGAACAUUCUCCUCGCCGAUGCCACCGCGCUCAACCCCAAGCUCGCCGACUUUGGCCUCGCCGUGCACCUGCCCCCAGGGGCGCGCGCUGUGGGGCUCGCAGGGUCGUCCUUCUACAUGGCGCCCGAGGUCGUGCAAGGCAUGGCGUACUCUUUUCCCGCGGACGUGUGGAGCCUCGGGGUGCUGCUUUACAUCAUGCUCUCAGGCAUCCUACCCUUCUGGGGCGAGACAGUGGAGGAGACGUAUGAGAGCGUGUGUCAGGGGUACUUAGACUUCACGUCGCGGCAGUGGCAGCUCAUCUCGCCCGCAGCCAAGGAUCUCAUUCAGCGCAUGUGCUCUCUAGACCCGCAGCACCGACCCUCCCUGCACCACGUCCUCUCCCACCGCUGGCUUGCUUCUGCUGCUGCUGCUGCUUCUGCUGCUUCCGCUACCGGCUCUUUUUCCUCCUCCUCCUCCUCUGCCUCCCCCUCCUCGGCAACCUUUGCGCUCUCUCCUGCUCCCUGCAAGCUUGCUCUAGCUCGCGCCGGCUCGCUUUUCUCCCCGUCUGUUUCUGCCGCCGCUGCCGCUGCUGCCCUUGCUGACUCUCCUGGUGACGCCGCCGGUGAAGCGGACGGGGCGUUGGGUGGAGUGGCAGCAGCAGGUGCUGCUGCUGCAGCGACUGCAGGUGCUGUUGCUGACUCGGUUGGUGCUGGUGGUGGUGGUGGUGGUGGUACCGGUGGUGUUGGUGUGGGUUCGAGCGCAAGCAAAUACCGGAGAGCACAGCCGCGGGGGGAGAUGGCAUUGAGAAGGCGGGUGCUGCCUCUGCGGUCUAAGAGUGGCAUUGACAGUGCUCUAAUGGCGUCCGCCUGGAGAGCACUUGACAGGGAUGUUGCCACUGAUGUGCAUGCAGAGGACGGGAGGGCGGAGGAUGGGGGGGACGAGGGGGGUGAGGGGGCGGAGGAAGGGGAGGACGGAGGGGAUGAGGGGGGGGUGAGUGGGGAUGGGGAAGGACGUGGUAGGGGAAGGGAGGGCGUGUGGGGUGGGGGGGUUGAGGGGGAGGAGGAUGGAGGGGAGGAUGAUGGGAUGGAAGAUGCGGAUGAGAGGUCGGGUAGUGGGAGGAGGAGGAGGGUGGGCGGGAGGAGAGGAGCGGUAGGUGGAAGCAGAGCGGGGCGGGCUAGAGGGAUCAGUGGCAGCAGCGGUGGUGGUGGUGGUGGUGGUGGUUUAACUGCAGGAGCAGCAACGGCAUCGGGUGGUCGCAGCAGUUCUGUCGCUGCUGCUGCUGUUGCUGCUGCAGCUGCGCCGUUGGGUGCGGGGGCGGUGGAGGCUCGGGCAGCAAGUGCAGCAGUGUUGGCAGCGGAAGCAGAAGGCCUGGGCUGUGGCACGCCCAGGUCGGGGGGACGAUCAGGCAGAGGGGGGCUAGGUGCUGUGGAUAGGGCUGGGGAGAGGUCUGGGGUUGAGAGGAGUGGACGGGAAUUUAGGGGUGGUGGUGACGAGGCAAGUGGGAGCACAGGGAUGGUAGUAGCAGCUGCAGCUGCAGCUGGUAGUGCUGGUGGUAGCGGUGCGGCUGCUGCUGGUGGUGCCGGUGCUGCCUCUGGUGGUGGUGGUGGGGUGUGGAGUCGGGGGGAUGAAAGCAGCAGGGAGGUAGCAGAUGCUGAUGCUCACACUGCCACACGCGCGAGUGCUGGUGAGGAGAGACAAGGCAGUGCGAGCAAUGCGAGCAGUGCGGGCAGCGUUGCUGCUCCUAACCCUGCUGCUACACCAGCAACCACAACAACAUCUGCAGCAGCAGCAGGAGCAGCAGGAGCAGCAGGAGCAGCAGGAGCAGCAGGAGCAGCAGGAGCAGCAGGGGCAGCAGGAGCAGCAGGAGCAGCAGGAGCAGCAGGAGCAGCAGGAGCAGCAGGGGCAGCAGGAGCAGCAGGAGCAGCAGGAGCAGCAGGGGCAGCAGGGGCAGCAGGGGCAGCAGGGGCAGCAGGGGCAGCAGGGGCAGCAGGGGCAGCAGGGGCAGCAGGGGCAGGGGGCAGCAACAGGGGGCCCUGA